CAUUCUUGGCAUAAACAAAUUAGGAGCUCCACGGAGUUGUCGUGUUUGUUGAUAUUCAAUAGGCUGUCUCGCGUCGCGAUAAUUAAUUAAUUUAUAGCUUAUUCUGAUUGUAUCGUUGGAGCAUAUUGGGAAAAAUGAAGUGUGUAGCUGUGCUUUUGUGUGUGGUGGCAGCCGCCAGCGCUGUUUCCUUCUUUGACCUGGUCCGUGAGGAAUGGAACGCCUUCAAGAUGGAACACAACAAACAAUACGAAUCAAAGGAAGAGGACAAGUUUCGCAUGAAAAUCUACGCUGAGAACAAGCACAAGAUUGCCAAGCACAACCAGAAGUUUGAACAAGGCCAGGUGUCGUACCGGCUCAAAAAUAACAAGUACGGGGAUCUGCUGCAUCAUGAGUUCGUGCACACCAUGAACGGCUUCAACAGGACUAAUAAGCACAAGGGUCUCCUCUCCAAGGCCGCUGGGGUCCGCGGGGCCACCUUCAUCUCGCCGGCCCACGUGACCCUUCCCGACCAGGUGGACUGGAGGAAGAAGGGCGCCGUCACCGAAAUCAAGGACCAGGGCAAAUGCGGAUCCUGCUGGUCUUUCAGUACGACUGGCGCUCUGGAAGGCCAACAUUUCCGCAAGAGCGGAUACCUGGUGUCCCUCUCCGAACAAAACCUGAUCGACUGUUCAGCCGCCUACGGAAACAACGGUUGCAAUGGCGGACUCAUGGACAACGCCUUCAAGUACAUCAAGGACAACGGAGGCAUUGACACUGAGAAGACUUACCCCUAUGAGGCUGUUGAUGACAAGUGCAGGUACAAUCCUAAGAACUCCGGCGCUGAUGACGUUGGCUUCACCGACAUUCCUCAAGGAGAUGAACAGAAACUUCUAGAGGCAGUGGCUACUGUGGGACCAGUGUCUGUGGCCAUUGAUGCUUCCCAAGAGUCCUUCCAGUUCUAUUCCGAUGGUGUUUACUUUGAUGAGAACUGCUCGUCUGAGAACCUCGACCAUGGGGUGCUCGUCGUCGGGUUCGGCACGGACGAGGCCGGCGGCGACUACUGGCUGGUGAAGAACUCGUGGGGCCGCAGCUGGGGCGACCUCGGCUACAUCAAGAUGGCGCGCAACCGCAACAACCACUGCGGCAUCGCCUCCGCCGCCUCUUACCCCCUAGUUUAGAUUUAUACCAACUCAAAAACAUAGAACUCCACGAAAACAUCAACUUGCCAUCUAUUUGUAUUUGACAAUGGGUACAAACACAUCGGAGAUCUAAUAAUAAAGAAAAGACACCAUGUAAACAUCUACUUGCCACCUACUUUUAUAGCAAAUUUAACAAUGGAAAGGCAUACCAAUAUCUACUGCCAAUAUACAAAGAGAAAAUUUUGUCGCCUAAAAUUAAAAGAAAUUCAAGAUAACCUUAAACAGUAUGGUAUGAGACCGUAUUGUUUUGAGUUGUUGAAGACUAGUUUUUUUUUUUUACUUGACUCACUUGACUGUAUAAAAGGCGAUUUAAUGAUUAUUACACGUUGAAUUCAAAUAUUGCUGAUUGUUAAAUUAAAUACCAACGAUUGGUGGCACCGCAUUUUAUACAUAUAUUUAGAAGCCAAGAAGCAGAUUUUAGCUUACUAGAGAUAACAUUAAAAAUAGAAAUAAUAAAUAUAAAGUCAAAUUGUAAAAAUGAUAGCUUAUUUCAUCAGUGGCUAUAACUAUAAUAUAAAAGAUCUUAGUGAUGUCUAAUUAUAAGUGUCUGAAGCUUUACAAAUUUAUACUUAGUUGUAAGGCUAUGGAAUUGUUUGUAAAUUUUAUCUACUUUAAGUUUUAGUGAAUGUUGCAACCCUGUGUAAAAAAGUAGCAUCUAUAUCAUUGUCACAGUAAAAAAGAAAAAAAAACAUCUUAAUACUCUUAUGCAGUGUUGGCCACAACGUUAAUGCAAUUAAUCAGUACAAAUUGAACCGUAAACUGUAACCAUUCGUUACGGUUUACGGUUCAAUUUGUACUGGUUAAUGCUUAAUUGCAAUUAACGUUCGGCCAACACUGCUAAUGUUAUGGUACUUAUUGAGACUUUUUGACUGUGACAUUUCUUAUCAUUCCAUUGCUUCGACGAAACAUCACAUUUUAUUUUAGGGAUGGGUCUUGUAAAAAUUACAUAGUUUUAUAAGGCCUAGACUAAGUAGUUUUAAUGCUAGGUUAACACUUACUGUCCGUGCAUUACAUGACAUGCACCGUCAAACUACUCUGUCACGUCUACGUGACGUCAGAAAUGGAUGGCACUAUACAUUUGUGCAUUAAGCCCUUGCUAGACGGUCGCCGACAAGCCCUUCGGACCGCGUGGCCUUGGUCUGGACGGACCGUGUAGACAGUGUUUACAACAAAAUUUCAUACAAACAUUACCAAGGUUAGACGGUCUUGUCUGCGACCGUCUAGCACACGCUUUACCUAUAAAUCCUAUAAUGCACGGACGUAUCGAUCCAUGGCAGUUAAUGUGUUGUUCCAAUUUUACGUUGUGAUAUGAUUUGCGACUGUGAGAAAUAUAAAUAUAUUUUAUUUAAUA